UGUGUGUGUACAUCCAGAAUGACAUUUUAAUUGCAUUACAUUAUUUCAUAAAUUAUUUAAUAUAUUUGUUGAUUAUUUAUAUAAACAAAAAAAAAAACAUUGUACAGUUGUGGUUAUGCAACAUAAAAUUCCAGCCCUCAUAUUUGACAGAACAAGAAUUCAAAAGUGUGGCUGUUUUAUUAUGGCUUAUUUCAUGCCUACUUUUUUGUCACCUCUCCAUUAUUGUGUCUAACCGUCCUGUAUUUUAACUCAAUAUGUGUCGGUUUCAGUGACUUAUAAUUGCCAUGUUUGUAAGUGACACUGUUUUAGUGUUCGUCCGCGCUUGCUGCGUUCAGACUGUUUUGCUGUUCGCUGCAAAUGAUGCGGUGGAGGGGGGAGAGUUUGAAGUGGCGAAAGCGCCGUUGCGUUUCCACUGGCUGUGGAGAAGGGGAGGGUCUUUAUUACCCCCACACCGAGACAGAAUCGGUUCAGUACAGUUGGAGCCGGAGACAGACGCCACAUCGGCAGAAGCAAGGGCGCAUCACGACACGCGACUGGAAAACAAGACGCCGGCGGAUGUUUGCAAAGUAACGAAUCCGCCCGGACCGCAUUCACGACGCUCACGCGGUUAUUAUGCAUUAACGAUGUCCAUUCCGCUACUGUAGCGGUUCGCCGUCUUCGCGGGAGCCACAUCACAGGCAAGGAUUUAUCUAACGGUCGCUGUGUACGGAUGUACGGACGGAUACGAUACUGUAAACGUUCGUGAUAUAUUUAUUUUUUUUUCUGAGGACGGAGGGGAGAUUCUGCGCACUGCAGUGAGGCUACGUCCGGCUGUUCGCGCGAUUGGACCGUGGAUGUGAUGGAUAUCGAGCGUUUUCGAUAUUUGGGUUUUCGUUUAGAACAAAGUUUGCUUUGCAUGAAAGCAUCAGCUCUGUCAAUAGCGUUUGUGCAGUUGCUCGUCCAGUGUGACUGAGUGGUUGAAAGCCACUCCAUCCUUCAACAGAUGAGAAGCAGCCAGUUCCUACAACUUCAGUUGCCUGCGCUGGGGGAAAAGAAUGGUGUUUAUGACAGAAAUCUCAAAACGUACCGGAAUCAUCCCACAAAAAUAAUCACCCAGCCUGGAAUCGUAAUGAAAGUGCUGCGGAGAAAAAGAAUCGUACUGUUCGUAGCCUAUUUUCUGCUGUUAGUUCUUACCAUGCUGAACUUGGCUAACUACAGGUGGACUAAAGAACCUCAACAGUGUAAUCUCCAAAUGAGAAGCACUCCGUAUCAGGGCAGGCCAGACAUUCGAUUCCUUUACAGACCAUCUCUUGCUAAGAAGAGACAGCUCGUCUAUGUUUUGACCACAUGGAGGUCUGGCUCGUCCUUUUUCGGAGAGCUGUUUAAUCAACACCCAGAGGUUUUUUUUCUGUAUGAACCGAUGUGGCACAUCUGGCAAAAGCUGUACCCGGGCGAUGCCGUGUCCUUACAGGGAGCAGCAAGGGACAUGCUAAGCUCGCUGUACCGCUGCGAUCUUUCCGUUUUUCAGCUGUACAACAGCCCCGGGGGCAAAAACUUCACCUCCCUUGGACUUUUUGGGGCCACGCUGAAUAAAGUCAUCUGCUCGUAUCCUCUUUGCUCCGCUUACAGGAAAGACGUGGUUGGGAUGGUGGAUGACAAAGUGUGCAAAAAAUGUCCUCCACAAAGCCUUAGGCUCUUAGAGGAAGAAUGCCUUAAGUACAACACCAUAGUCAUAAAAGGCGUCCGGGUUCUGGAUGUUAAUGUUUUGGCGCCCCUUAUGGAGGAUCCGUCUCUGGAUCUCAAGGUGAUUCACCUUGUGCGAGAUCCCAGAGCCGUGGCCAACUCCAGGAUCAAAUCGAGGCACGGGUUGAUUCGUGAGAACUUACAGGUGGUCCGAAGCAGGGAUCCCAAACUGCGUCGAAUACCCUUUGUGGAUCCCGGCCACAAGCUCAGCAAAAAGGAUGGUGCAGAUUACCAUUCGGUUGGAGCUAUGGAGGUGAUAUGCGAUCGGACGUACAGGAGCCUGAGGACUGCCUUAAAUCCGCCCGGCUGGCUGAAAGGGAAAUACCUGGCAGUGCGCUAUGAGGAUCUGGUGGAAAACCCUGUCAAGACCCUACGGAAUGUCUAUCAGUUCGCUAACCUCAGUGCCAACCUUGACAUCGAGUCUUUUGCUCUUAACAUGACAAAUGGCACAAGCUCUUCCUCAAAGCCAUUUAUUGUGUCUGCCAGGAACGCCACACAGGCAGCCAGUGCGUGGAGAACAGUGUUGAGUAUUCAACAGAUAAAACAAGUAGAGGAGUACUGCCAUCAUGCGAUGGCCAUCCUGGGUUAUGAGCGUGUGAGAACAGCCGGAGAAGCAAAAGACUUGAGUAAAUCUUUAUUGACUGCUUCCAAACUGUGACAUGCUUACCUCCCCAGAGAUAGCUUUUAAAUGUCCACGUGAUACAGAGCACCAGCUCAGUAACUGGAUUUGUUUGUUUAAAUCAAAAUGCUUUUGAAGGAUUUCACAGUUUCUUUAUGGAAUGCCAUAGCCCUUUGUGGUUGUUCAAUAGCACCGUGACUUUUCUAAAUGGAUCUGUAAAUGUUUGAUACGGCAGCAUCUGCGAACCACAACUGGAAAAUUCAUAUUGUACAAACCAAAUGUUGCAUUGCUAUUUUCAACCCAAAAAAUGGAUGCUUAAAGUUUGUUUGGAAUGUCUGUUUUUGAGUUUCAGUUUAUUUUCUGUAUGUAAAAUUAUGAAAAUGGAAAACGAGCAACCGAUUCUGAUCAAAACUGUUAUGCGGAGCGCAGGUAAUGCUCUUUCUUUAGAAUCAAUUUAAAGACAAUCAUUAAAGUUCACAAUCUCUCCACACGCUUUAUGAAUGCCAUGCUGUGUGUUAUGUAAAUAAAAACCUAAAGUAAUGCGUUGAAA